AAAAAAAAACGAAAACAGUGAAAGUAAAAAGUGUGUGCAACAAUCAGAAAUUGGAUACAUUUAGUGGGAAUGGCAAAGGAAGAGAAAGGUGUUUGUUAUUGUGGUGAAAAAGACAUUGAAGCUGACACACCAACACUGGUCUGUGCCCGAUGUCGAGGAAACUUCCAUUUAGAGUGCCUGAAGUCAGGUUCUCCUUCUUCACUGGUUGGAGAUGUAUUCUUUGAUUUCACAUGUUCAAAUUGUGGUGAGAAACAUGAAGAAGUGGUGGAACGGAUGAAAAUGCAAUGGACACAAGUGGUACUCCUUGCACUGUACAACCUACAGCUGAGUGGUAAGGUGGGGAAAUUUGGCUACUACAGAUGGAAGGAACAUAUCUGUGCCUUCAUAGACAAGUAUUGGCUGGUUCUAUUUGGGAAUCACAGAAAGAAGACAAACUUGUGGCAUGGUACUGUGGCUGGAACUCUGUCAUCAGGAUGCCCUCAUCACUUUGUGUCAGGAGCCAAAGAGUUGGGAGAAUCUGGAUGGUGGAGGCUUGCUGAGAUGAAACCACCUAAUCACAAACUGAUGACAUCUUCCAGCAAGACGGGGCGACGUCGUGUGAGUCACCCUUUACCUCCACAAGAUCACUCAACCAUGAUGAAGGUAGAGGGACUUCGAAACAGAAGAGGCAAAACGUCCAUUGAGGCUGCCAUGGAGUUGAAGGCCAAGAGAGAAACACUUUUGGAAGCUAAGGAAAUCAGAAAGGCCAAGCAGUCCCCCAUACAGAGUCACACUGGUCAUCUCAUUCAUGUGGAUAUCAAACAGGAGCUAGGAGGGGAGGGGUCUGGAAAGUUUAUCCCUCUGGAAAGUACUCUUGGUAUGUUGACUCCUUCAGGGCCAGUGGCUGGCCCAAGUUUCCAGCCAGUCUUUGCUCAGGGCAUCAAACAGGAGCCUGCUGAUCCAAUCUUCUUGUCAACACAAAGGCCUAAUUCAUCACAAAGUCAGAAUUCUUUCACAUUCUCACCUGGAUCUUCUCAGGUGUCAAACCUUUCUUUGACCCAGAGCACAAGCCUUAGUAACAUAUCAUCAUCUGGAUCAGUAAGCGGGUCAUUUAAGGGAGACAUUGAUGAGGAUAGCCAGUUCUCUCACAGCAGCAGCAAGAAUGACAUGUGGUUGACGGAACAUGACCUCAAAGCUGAUUCCAGCCUUCCUAAUUUGUUCAUGACGGAUGAUAUGGAUAAUGUUGACUCAGACAGUGACCUCGAGAUUGAUCCUGGAACAAUCACUCCACCUCCUGGGUCACCAUCUAAUCAGAUUCAACCAGACUCGCCAACUCUCCAGGAUAUCCUAAUGUCCAUAAGCUCCAGGGAUGAUACAGAUAUGGACCUGGAUUGUAGUGCCAACUUUGGAAAUCCCUCUGAAGAUUCUCUCAGUUGUCAAGGAUAUAAGGAAGACAUAUCUAACAGUAGUCAUAGUAACAAAGAAGUGGAGUCCGAAGAAAAUCGGGGUGUGGGCCAGCUUGAAUCUUUGAGUGAUGCAAACAUGGACAUACAUGGUGGUCAGACAGACAAUGCUGUCAGCUGUGCAGUCAAACAAGAGGAUGACCAAUCUGUAGUGGACUCUGAGAGUGAAAAAGAAAGUGAAAGUGAAAGCAGCUCUUCCGAAGGUUCAGAUUCAGGGACUGCUUUGCAGAAUGAAAGCAAACAUAAACGAAAGCGAAGAAAGACAAAAGCAGUUGAUGAUGUGAAAGAGGAAGAAACUUCACCCACAAAUAACGUGGUCUUGAUGAGUUUGUAUGAGGAGCGACAAUUGUUGAAAAAGAUCAACAGUGUGGCAGAUGGUGUAGAACUGGAACCAAAGUUAAAAAGAUUACGACGCAAGCUUAUAGUCCGGCAGCUAAAACGUGAAAGAGGCGUGCCCAUAUUUGAUAUUGAUGUGGAGAUGAAUAGAUUGGCUCGUACAUGUUGGGGAGGAGACUGGGAGGAACACAAAGAUCUGAACCAUCAUGGCCUGCCUUCCCACCGACUACAACGAGGGGAUGUCAGAAUUCUGGACAGAUUCCAGACUACAGUCCAGGCACACCAGGCAUGGCACCAACAACAGCCUUCCUUCCUCAAUCGUCUUGUUGGUACAGAGGACGACCAGCUACAGUGUAUCAGUAGUCCUUAUACUGCUAGAAUUCUCAAGCCAUUCAUACGACGUGAUUAUGAAUCCCGACCUCUGAAGAUGAGACUACUUGAAGAAAUCAAAGCCUAUCCACACAGAAAUGACAAGACCUGGAAAGCAACUCCCCCACCAUCCAUAGACUAUUGCUAUGUGAGACCUCAGCACAUCCCCUCUGUUAAUACUCUUUGUCGCGAGUUCUUCUGGCCUGGCAUUGACUUGUCCGAGUGUUUACAGUAUCCAGACUUCAGUUGUGUGGUAUUGUUCAGGAAAAUAGUGAUAGGGUUUGCCUUCAUGGUGCCAGAUGUGAAGUACAAUGAAGCCUAUAUAUCUUUCCUCUUUACACAUCCAGAGUGGAGACGGGCUGGCAUUGCCAAGUUCAUGCUAUACCAUCUCAUCCAGACUUGUCUGGGUAAGGAUGUUAACCUCCAUGUGUCAGCCACUAACUCAGCCAUGUUACUAUACCAACAUUAUGGCUUCAAACCAGAGGAAUUUAUAUUGGAUUUUUAUGAUAAAUAUUACCCCGAGGACUCACGCGAGUGUAAACAUGCCUUCUACCUCAGACUGAGGAGGUAGGAAAAGGCUAAACACUUACUUUAAUACAAAUAUAAUGCAUAUACAUAGGGAGUUGGAAGAAGCAUAAAUACUUCACUCUUUACUUACCACAAACAUGGGCUGUGGUCACUAUAUACACAUCACUAUAUACAUAUUAAUGAACUGCAGACAUGGGAGGGAGUAGCUGGUCAAGAAAUAAUCUUGUGUUAAUAUGAAAUAUAUUGGUUGGAAAAUCACAUUAAACAAUCUUCAUAAAAUA